UUCCGGCUCCCGCGGCUCUCUAGCGCCCGGUGCCGCUGCCCGGUGGUCCCGGCUUCCGCGUCCCAGGCUCGGCCCCCGCCUGGCCCGGCCUGGGCCUCCGCCCCGCUCCCGCCCCAGCCGCGGCCCGCAGAGGCCGCGGCCAACCGAGCCGCCAGCGACGCCCGCACAGCCGCGGGGGCCCGGGCGGGGGGCCAUGCCGUGCCGGAGGGAGGAGGAGGAAGCCGGCGACGAGGCGGAGGGGGAGGAGGACGACGACAGCUUCCUCCUGCUGCAGCAGUCGGUGACUCUGGGCGGCUCGACCGACGUGGACCGGCUCAUCGCCCAGAUCGGCGAGACGCUGCAGCUGGACGCGGAGCGCGACGGCCCGGCCUCACCGUGUGCCGUCCCGGGCCCCCCGCCCGUGCCUCCGCGCGUCUUGGCGGAGCUGCCGGUGGACAAGGCCGGGACCCCGGCGAGGCGGCUGCUGCGUCCGGUCGGGUCAGCGGAGGCCGGGAACCCUGCGCCCCCGGGGGCCGUGCGCUGCGUGCUGGGGGAGCGCGGGCGUGUGCGGGGCCGGGCGGCGCCCUACUGCGUGGCGGAGAUCGCCCCGGGCGCCAGCGCGCUUCCCGGGCCGGGACGGCGAGGGUGGCUUCCGGGCUCCGUGGCUUCUCGGCGAAUCCAGCAGCGGCGGUGGACCGCGGGCGGAGCGCGCGCGACGGAGGACGACCCGCAUCUGCUCCUGCAACAGCUCGUGCUCUCGGGAAACCUCAUCAAGGAGGCAGUGCGCCGACUCCAGCGAGCGGUCGCCGCGGUUGCGGCCACGAGCCCCGCGAGCGCCCCGGGGUCCGUGGGUGGCGGAAGCGCACCGGACUCAGUCACCUUGCGGCCCUCUGGUUCCUGGCUCUGACCCGGGGUCCUUGGAGGAGGGAGAGGACGCGGCUACGCGGAUCCAACAGUGUCUUACCCGGGACAGUGCGGAGCCGGAGCUGUCGUCCAUCUCUCAGGCUACAAAGUUACCGGCCGCAAGAGGCAGUUAGAGAAAACGAACUCGACUGAGCAGCACCGGCAGCCGAGGACCUGGGAUAUGCGGGGAGAACUGUGGCAGCUACUUGAUCCACUUGGACCUGACUUAGCCCUUAUCGUGUGCUUGGAUUGCUUAUAGAUGUGGCUCGCAGGGGCGGGAAUCGGGAGGGCUUCUAACAAUACUUGAAAACCAAUA